CCGACCCGCCGCCGCUCGCGCUCGCGGGGACUGCCACGCUCCGCGCGGCACCCCCAAGCCCGCGCCCACCGCGCCCGCGCCGCACAGCUGCCCAUGGCUGACCUGAGUUUCAUCGAGGAUGCAGUCGCCUUCCCCGAGAAGGAGGAAGACGAGGAGGAGGAGGAGGAGGGCGUGGAGUGGGGUUACGAGGAAGGGGUAGAGUGGGGCUUAGUGUUUCCGGAUGCUAACGGGGAAUACCAGUCUCCUAUCAACCUCAACUCCAGAGAAGCCAGGUAUGACCCCUCGCUGCUGGAUGUGCGACUGUCUCCAAACUACGUGGUGUGCCGGGACUGUGAGGUCACCAACGAUGGCCACACCAUUCAAGUCAUCCUCAAGUCGAAAUCAGUUCUGUCAGGAGGACCUUUGCCUCAGGGACACGAGUUUGAGCUGUAUGAAGUUAGAUUUCACUGGGGAAGAGAAAACCAGCGUGGUUCUGAGCACACGGUUAAUUUCAAGGCCUUUCCCAUGGAGCUCCAUCUGAUCCACUGGAACUCCACCCUGUUUGGCAGCAUCGACGAGGCGGUUGGGAAGCCUCACGGCAUUGCCAUCAUCGCACUGUUCGUUCAGAUAGGGAAGGAACACGUUGGCUUGAAGGCUGUGACUGAGAUCCUCCAGGAUAUUCAGUAUAAGGGAAAAUCCAAAACAAUACCAUGCUUUAAUCCUAAUACCUUACUACCAGACCCUCUUCUGCGGGAUUACUGGGUCUAUGAAGGAUCUCUGACUAUUCCACCUUGCAGCGAAGGAGUUACGUGGAUAUUGUUCCGGUACCCUUUAACUAUAUCCCAGCUGCAGAUAGAAGAAUUUCGAAGACUCAGGACACAUGUUAAGGGGGCAGAACUUGUAGAAGGCUGUGAUGGGAUUUUGGGAGACAAUUUCCGACCUACCCAGCCCCUGAGUGACAGAGUCAUCCGAGCUGCAUUUCAGUAGCCAGAGAGACCAGGAACAAAGCCAUCUGCAUCAGGGAAGAAGACAGUGGUCGCACGGAACCCUUGGAUGCGGAAUGGAAACUCUUGAGUGGCAGCUUUGUCUUAACCCUCAAGCUUGCAUUGUCUUCAGCUACUCCAGCUUUGAUGACUAUCUGUGACCACUGUCUAUAUAACAUGCUGUUAUGAAAUAUUAGAACUGCUGUUAUCGUAAUGAAACUCAGUGUGUAUGCAUACACCACAGCUUCUGGUAUUCAUACUUUUGCACAUACUGCUUAUUGCUUAUGUGUAGAAAGAAUGAAAGUAGCUUCCAGACCUGUUAAUAUGAUUGUAUCAUAUAACAAUAUGAGAAAAAAAAAACAUUUCCACAGCCAAGUCUUGCUCACUUCCAGCCUAUUGUAAUUCUUCAUAAUAAAAUAAGAGUUUUGACUUACAACAGCCUAGAAUUUCAAAAUAUAACAUGAAGGCCUCAAAAAUUAUCUCAUGUGUUUUUUUUUUUUAAAUCGUACCAAAUUUAAUGUCAAGCUGGUUUGUCAUGGCAAAUGAAUUUAGAGCUAAUGCAAAAAUACUUUAUAUAUAUUAUUUUAAAAAUAAUUUAAUUGAAUAUAAUAUAGUUAUGACAUAUCUGAAAGCAUGGUUUCUACGAAGUUAAGAAUAGCAUGAGAAAUAGGAAAAAAGAUGGACACAGCAUCCCAGUAACAGCUUUGUUUCCAUAAUAGAAAUAUAAAUUCAAAGGUAUUCUAUAUUAAUUUAGUAUUGUACACUUUAUAAGACAUCAAAAUUCUUUAUAGAUUGCUCUUCUGUGGUGAGGUAAGAUAAGGGUCAACCAUACUCUUCUUUUAAAAGCGGCUGUGAAUUAAGCACAUCCUUAGUCACAGUUCAUUGUGACGGAGGAAUGGUGUAAACUGGUAGAGAUAAUGGAAGAAAGCAAGAACUUAAUAAAUAAAUGUUAUUGGUUGUUAAAAUAGCUGCAAAAAACAAAUAACUUAAACAUCAAUCUCAAUUUGGAGGGAUUGUAUGAUGGUAGGUAGAAGGUUUUGGAUCUGUUGAGUAGAGGCUGCAUUAAACCUGCAAGAAACCUCCUGAAAAAGAAGCAAAGAAGGUUCAAAGUGGAGUUGUUGGCAGGAAGGAGACGAGAGCCACGGUCAUUAGGAAAGUGAGAUACAGGAAUGAUCAGUAGCCCUGGAAUACAACAGACCAGCCACAUGGAGUUGGCUCUCUCUCUCUGCCAUGUGGGUCCAGAGGCCCAUCAGAGGCAAGGACCUCUGAUGACACAGAGAGGCCCUGGAUACUUUCUUUGUGCAGCUUUCAGUAUUUGCUAAAAUGGAAAUGGCGGAGUAUAAGUGAAACAAAAACCAAACACCUAGAACCCUGUAAUCUAAAUUUACAUCUUCUAGGCUAGCACUGUGAGACCAUGUUCAGCCAUGGCUGCAGGGAUGACAUCAUUUAUAGCUAUGUCAUCCAUACUUUUUGUAGUCCGUAGUUUAUGGACUAGAUCUAAAGCCCUCCAUGCUUGGCCGGUCACAUGGUCCGCCUGGUGCUGCUUUCGUAGAUCGGCGCCUGGGACACAGCCAUUCAUAGGUGUCCGUGUCUCCCCUCCUACAGGGCUGACUUGCACUUGAGUUCUUGGUUUCCAUAUCUCACCCUUCCUCCAGUCUCUACCCAUCUUUCCCUGAAACAUAUGAAGUAGAAAAUGUAACAACAGAGACUAAUGCAAUUGACUUCCAGAAUGCUGUCUAGCUGUCAUGUGUUCAUCCUCUAGUCUAAGAUAAGAAUUUCAUAAAGCAACCAAAUUUUAUUCUCUGAGUAUUUCUUAAAUGGCCAUUUAAGAUGAGUAUUCAUGGUGAGGUUUAAUAGAUUUAAUAUUCUUUCUGUCUGUCUUUUUUUCUUUUUUAAGAGAAGUUUUUACUGUUUAACUUUGGUCAUCCUGGAUAUCUCUAUGGUUAUCAGACUGGCCUUAAUCUCACAAACUCUGCUGGAAUUAAAGGUGUGAGCCACUAACCCUCGCCAAAAUUCAUAUGUAUGAAAAACCCCUUCAAAUGCUAAUUGCAGCUGAUUGAGAGUAGAAAAACUGGUGUGUGCUUGUAUGAAUGGAUUUAAAAGUCUAAUUAGUCCAUCAAUAAAACUGUAAAUAACUA